AUGAAUUACUAUGGAAAAAAGUAAAUAAACAUUACACCUCCCGCCGUAUAGUAACAUGUUUAGAUGUUUCGAGCUGGAUCUUAUUAAAUAUUUGUUGACAUCUUUCGGCUCAUUUUGUAGCAGAAAAAGCUUUAUUAGAGGUAAAUUGUAAAAGAAAUAGAUAGCCUAAAGCUGUUUAUCUCCUAGCAAAUUGAAAAGAAGUCCGCAAUUUGUUUGUGUUUGAAAAACGUUCGCUAUUAUUUGUUUGUGCUCGAAUAUUCCUUUCUUGGGAAGAAAAUGCCCUACGCUAACCAACCUUCGGUACAGCUCAGUGAUUUAACAGAAGAAAAUGUUAAAUUCAUUAUUGAAGACACUGAUUUAAGUGUUGCAAAUAGCCUUCGUAGAGUUUUCAUUGCUGAGGUUCCAAUGUUGGCCAUUGAUUGGGUUCAAUUGGAAGCUAAUUCUUCUGUCUUACAUGAUGAAUUUAUCGCUCAUCGCCUUGGCUUGAUUCCCCUCACAAGUGACGAUGUUGUAGAUAAAAUGCAAUACUCCAGAGAUUGCACCUGUAUAGAUUUUUGCCCUGACUGCUCCAUUGAAUUCACACUGGAUGUGAAAUGCAACGAAGAACAAACUCGUCAUGUUACAACUGCUGAUAUGAAAUCAAGUGAUCCUAAAGUAGUCCCAGUAACUUCCAGACAUAGGGAAGAUGAUACCAGUGAAUAUUGUGGAACUGAUGAUAUCCUCAUUGUUAAACUACGUAAAGGUCAAGAGGUGAAAGCGAGAGCAUAUGCUAAAAAAGGAUUUGCUAAGGAGCAUGCAAAAUGGAAUCCAACGUGUGGUGUGGCAUUUGAAUAUGAUCCUGACAAUGCAUUUCGUCAUACAACAUAUCCCAGGCCUGAAGAAUGGCCUAAGAGUGAAUAUACUACUAUUGAUGAUGAUAAAGCUGAAGCUGAGUAUGUUCCUGAUGGGAAACCCAAUAAAUUCUUUUUCAAUGUGGAGUCGUGUGGAGCCAUUCGGCCAGAAAAUAUUGUACUGACCGGCCUCAAUAUACUGAAGAAAAAACUGAGUGACCUUCAGACACAGCUGAGUCAUGAAAUGCAAACAGAUGCAUUGGCCAUCAGCUGAGCUUAUUCAUCUCUCCAGGAAUGUUUCAACUCAAUGUGUAUAAAGUUAUUAAAAUGAUGUGAAGUUUUAA